AUGUCUAUCAAAAUCGCUAUAUUCGGCGCAGGCCUCAUCGGCCCUCGUCACGCGCAAUCCGUGAUCUCCAACCCCUCAACAGAGCUCAUCGCUCUCGUCGACCCCAUGCCAACCGGCGAAGCCAUCGCCACCAGCCUCAAAACAAACUACUACCCCUCCGUAGCCUCCCUACUUGCAUCCCCACACCGUCCCAACGCAGCAAUAGUCUGCACACCAAACCACACCCACGUCAAAAUCGCCAAAGAACUCCUAGCAGGAGACGUCCACGUCCUCCUAGAGAAGCCCGUGAGCGAAACCCCAGAAAGCGGCCGCUCCCUCCUAGAGUUCGCACAAGACCCCUCACAGGCCCACCUUAAACUCCUAGUCGGCCACCACCGCCGCUUCAACCCUUACGUGCGAGCCACAAAGUCAAUUCUAGAGUCCGGAUCCCUCGGCCGCGUAAUCGCCGUAAACGGUCUGUGGGCUCUAUACAAACCAGACGAAUACUUCGCGGCGCCGACAGACUGGCGCGCUUCGAACGAACGAGGCGGCGGCGUCAUCCCCAUCAAUCUCGUCCACGACAUCGACCUCAUGCACCACCUUUUCGGUCCGAUCGUGCGCGUGACUGCAGAAAAGACACUUCCACAGCGUCCGAGUCCGCCACAUAGUGCUGAUGAGGGGGCUGCGUUGACGCUGCGCUUUGGUUCGGGUGUUGUAGGGACGUUUUUGGUUUGCGAUGCGACACCGUCGCCGCAUAAUUUUGAGACUGGGACUGGGGAGAACCCACUUAUUCCAAAAUCCUCGACGGGUGCGGAUUUCUAUCGCAUCUUUGGGUCCGAGGCUUCGCUUAGUGUGCCGGAUUUGACGCGCUGGAGUUAUGAUGGGAGUCCGGCGAAGAGCUGGAAUGCGCCGUUGACUGUUGAUCGGAUGCCGUUACCUGACGAUAGGGAUAUGGCUCCGUUUGAUUUGCAGCUCGCGCACUUUGUUGACGUUAUUAAUGGGGAUGCUCUGCCUAGUUGUACUGGCGAAGAGGGGUUGCGAGCUUUGAUUGUCUGUGAAGCUGUUCAGGAAGCCAUGCGGUCUGGUCAGCCUGUAGAUAUUGAUGUAGAUUUGUUGGCGGCGUCGAAUAAAUAG